AUGGUUGGAGGAUUUAAAGUGAUUCAUCUUGUGAGGCCAUUCCUUGCAUUCUUACCAGAAGUCCAAUCUCCAGAAAGAAAGAUCCCGUUUAGAGAGAAAGUCAUAUACACUGUGAUCUCUCUCUUCAUCUUCUUGGUGUGUAGUCAGUUGCCACUCUAUGGAAUCCAUUCCACUACAGGCGCGGAUCCAUUCUAUUGGAUGCGUGUCAUUCUUGCUUCGAGUCGAGGAACGGUUAUGGAGCUUGGUAUUACACCAAUCGUCACGUCCGGUAUGGUUAUGCAGCUUCUCUCUGGUUCUAAGAUCAUUGACAUCGAUAACAAUGUCCGUGAAGACCGUGCACUCUUGAACGGUGCACAGAAGCUGUUAGGGAUCCUCAUAGCGGUCGGCCAAGCAGUUGCAUAUGUUCUCUCUGGGAUGUAUGGUAAUGUCGGGGAACUAGGAGUUGGGAAUGCUAUUCUUAUCAUUGUUCAGCUCUGUUUUGCUUCCAUUAUCGUCCUUUGUUUAGAUGAGCUUCUCCAGAAAGGUUACGGCCUCGGUUCUGGAAUUUCCCUUUUCAUUGCUACUAAUAUCUGUGAGAGCGUUGUUUGGAAAGCAUUCAGUCCUACGACCAUCAACAGUGGACGUGGAGCUCAAUUUGAAGGAGCUGUUAUUGCUCUGUUCCACCUUCUCAUCACUCGAACAGAUAAAGUCAGCGCACUCCGUGAAGCUUUUUACAGGCAGAACCUCCCAAAUGUGACUAAUCUGCUUGCCACAGUCUUGAUCUUUCUGAUUGUGGUUUACUUUCAAGGCUUUCGGGUUGUUUUACCUGUGAGAUCAAAGAAUGCUCGAGGACAGCAAGGCUCUUAUCCUAUCAAAUUGUUCUACACCUCGAACAUGCCUAUCAUCUUGCAGUCAGCUCUUGUCUCCAACAUCUACUUCAUCUCUCAGCUAUUGUACAGAAAGUUUGGUGGAAACCUUUUGGUGAACUUUAUCGGUAUGUGGAAGGAGUCAGAAUACAGUGGGCAAUCUAUCCCUGUUGGUGGUAUUGCGUACUACAUAACCGCCCCCUCUAGCUUAGCUGAGAUGGCAACUCAUCCUUUCCACGCUCUGUUCUACCUUGUGUUCAUGUUAGGCGUGUGUGCGUUGUUCUCUAAAACCUGGAUUGAAGUUUCCGGUUCAUCAGCCAAAGAUGUCGCCAGACAACUACGAGAACAGCAAAUGGUAAUGCCUGGUCACCGAGACUCAAAUCUUCAAAAGGAACUGAACCGAUACAUUCCCACGGCUGCAGCUUUUGGCGGUCUAUGCAUUGGUGCACUCACUGUCUUGGCUGAUUUAAUGGGUGCUAUUGGGUCAGGCACUGGAAUCCUUCUUGCAGUUACAAUCAUAUAUCAAUAUUUCGAAACCUUCGAAAAAGAAAAAGCAAGCGAGCUAGGUUUCUUCGGUUUGUAAAGCUCAUUGUCAUUGGAGCCUAGAAGUAGUCGUCACCAUUCAUGCAUGUAUGAUGUAUAGCUUAAAA